AAGAUUGGGAGGUAGCUCCGACCUUGUCUGCAACUUAAAACACAUUGAAAUACAAAAUUCUUCUCAAUUACUGUGCAAGAUAGAGGAAGAGGAAGACAAAUAAAAAAUGACAUUAGAGAAUAGCAUAUAUAAAAAACUGCGAGAGUGUGGUUUUAAAUUACUAGCCCUCAACAGUUUUAUCAUUUGACCGAAACUACAAAAUCGGCAUCGAAUGACAUCACACACGUGUGUCUCACAGCUGCGCACUUGUCAUUGGGCUUUGGAAACGAGGGUUCCUGCUACAAAACCUCUGUUCCGGUUUAGACCUUCAAAAUAAAGGCGCGACGCAGAAAUAACCAAGGCAAUAUAACGACCCCAACAGAACCUUGUUGACCCCUUUAAUCCCUGUUUUUCUGUGAAUGAAAAAUUGAGUUUUUGCAUUUGUUGGACGCUUUUCCUUCAGGAUGUGAAACCUCACAGGAGAGCAGAAUGUGAAAAAGCGCGAGGCAGCUGCGGAGGCGGAGAGACACACGAGACGAGUGGAGGAAAAACGGGGUCAGCCGCGGAGACCAGGACACUUCUAAUUCUUUUUCCUCCCCCUGAUGAUUCCCAGUUGCCUUCUGGGGUUGUCGUUGUUGUUUUUAAUCUAAAAACACCCUGUCUUCACAAUGAGUCGUGGGAGAAUGGCCCGACCAGAAUCCUGGUUUAGCGCUCCAGGAAGCUAAAGGCGAUCGGACACAAAGUCGCCUUUUGUCUGUGAUCCUAUAGGUGAAAGGGGAGACCGGGCUGGCGGAUGGAGUGAAGCGAGCAAAAGGGAGGGCGUCAGACUGCAGCUUGGUUGCGUGUGAUGAUAGGAGACACAAUGACGCUCCUGUCUCUUCUGGGUCGGAUCAUGCGCUAUUUUCUCCUCAGGCCGGAGACGUUGUUUCUGCUCUGCAUCAGUCUGGCGCUGUGGAGUUACUUCUUCCAUACCGACGAGGUGAAAACCAUCGUCAAAUCUAGCCGGGAUGCCGUGAAGAUGGUGAAGGGAAAGGUGGCGGAGAUGAUGCAGAACGAGCGGCUGGGAGGCCUCAGCGUUCUGGAUGCGGAGUUCUCCAAAACCUGGGAGUUCAAAAACAACAACGUCGCCGUUUAUUCCAUCCAAGGGAGGCGAGAUCAUAUGGAGGAUCGCUUCGAGGUGCUGACCGACAUCUCCAACAAGAGCCACCCGUCCAUAUUCGCGAUAUUUGAUGGUCACGGCGGAGAGGCUGCAGCUGACUACGUGAAGGCCCAUCUGCCCGAGACACUGAAGCAGCAGCUGCAGGCCUUUGAAAGGGAGAAGAGGGAGAGCUCUGUGUCGCACGCCAACAUUCUCGAACAGCGCAUCCUGGCCGUGGAUCGUGAGAUGCUAGACAAGCUCUCUGCCAACCACGAUGAAGCAGGAACAACAUGCCUGGUGGCGCUGCUGUCCGACAGGGAGCUCACCGUGGCCAACGUGGGAGACUCUCGCGGUGUGCUGUGUGAUAAAGACGGAAAUGCCAUUGCACUAUCGCAUGAUCAUAAACCCUAUCAGCUUAAAGAACGCAAGAGGAUCAAGAGAGCAGGAGGUUUCAUCAGUUUUAAUGGAUCCUGGAGGGUGCAGGGUAUCCUGGCUAUGUCCCGCUCCCUGGGAGACUAUCCCCUGAAAAACCUCAACGUAGUCAUUCCCGAUCCUGAUAUAAUGACCUUUGACCUGGAUAAGCUGCAGCCGGAGUUCAUGAUCCUCGCCUCGGAUGGGCUGUGGGAUGCCUUCAGCAACGAGGAGGCGGUACGGUUCGUGCGCGAGCGUCUGGAUGAGCCUCACUUCGGUGCCAAGAGCAUCGUCCUCCAAUCCUUCUACCGUGGUUGCCCCGACAACAUCACUGUCAUGGUGGUCAAGUUUAAAAGUGGAACUGGGGGGAGCAGCAAGGCCAGUGAUUAGGACUGGAUCAUUUGGAUGCGGAAAUGCAACAUAGAACAAAAGGAAAGCAUCAGGAAUCUGCAAAACAAACAGAAAAAUAUUGUAAUUUUUACACACUAACACGUCUGAAAAUUGAAUUCAUCAUUACAUCUAAUCCACCUAGUGGAGAAAAGGGGCAUUGAACCACAAAGCCCAUAACCAUCUUCUAUAUUGUUUUAUUUAAAAAAAAAAAAAAAAGACUGAAACAGGAAACUUGUUUUAACCAGCACACAUAAGACUCUGAUUGCUUCACUUUAAAUGUGCAUGAAUGGUACGGCUCCCCUUGGAGGCAUUCAUUUUUAUUUAUUUUUUUUCUUUUGGAGGAGGCUUGAAAUGUGCCUACGCAAUAUUUACUGUGCAACGUACUGGAGGUGCUGAAAAUGCAACUGCAAAAAACAAGACAAACAGCAUCCAGCUUGCAGCGCCUCCAUAAGUGUUGAACGAGUCUGUUCCCCUUCUGAUCUAAAGAAAUGUAUCUUGUUAAGUCCUUUCCUAAAUCCAGAAGGAUGCAACUCCCCAAAUACCGUAUAUCCUCUGGAUAUCAAACCUCUGCAAACUUUCUGUUAUGGCAUUUGUUUGUCGAAACUGAACAAAUUAAAAAAAAAAAAUAAGCAGCAUGGAAAUGUUAGGUCAAAAACAUUUAGCAACGAACUAUCAGUUCUCAGUAAAAGCUUGAUCUGUCUUUGGUUUUUCAUUGACUUACUGAAUGUUUCAGGUGGCACCCAUAAGGAAAAAGGUUACUGAUACAUUUAAGGAGUUUUUAAAGCCUUAAAUGCUUGUUUUCUGAAUAAUGUAUGUCACAGCAGUUUGAUAGGUUUCUGUGAAUAUUUUCUUUCCUCUUUAAGGAGGUAAACUCUUUAUCCAGCAUGAUUGAAACUUUGAGACCAAGGGUGUAAUAAAGCCACAUUUUAAGUCUGCAGAAGGAGUGUGAUACCCAAAAAGAAACCGUAUAGGGAGAAAGUUCUGCAUUAAAUGUCAUGUUGAAUUCAUACAUAUCAACCCACAUUAGCAUCGUGCUGUUCUGAGUAAUGCAAAUGGGUUUUGAUUUAUGUAAAACCCGAUUUAGAAGCAGAAAUGACAUUGCUCAAAUGUAAUGGAGCUAAUGUGACGUGUUCCCUUCACUGUCGGUCGCGGGGUGUGCGUUUGGACCCUCCAUAACAGAAACACUGCAUUCGUCGCUGGACACUGGAGGCCGCCUUUGACCUGGAAAGCACACGUGACUUAAAAGUGACUUAAUAAAAAUGACUCGGUGCAUACUCCCACUGGAGCCAGAAGGCAAACCUGAUACGCUCCUGAAGCAAUACAAACUGGCGUCAUCAACAGGAGCCGCAGUGAGGAAAGUUCCAGUAAACCCAUACUUGAUUUACUACUGUUUUCAGUUCAGCUGUUUACCACUGUGUUUUAUGAUCUGUCAUCAGCUGAGAGAAACGCUGAGACGUUUUCUUUAUCUAAUAAUUUACCCCAAUGCCUUAUUUAUUGAGGUUUUUUUUCUUCUUUUGGAUGGAGAUUGCCACAUCAGAAUAUACCUACUGUGUGUUUUUGUUUUAUUUCAUUCUGCCUAUGAGCAGAAGUUUACAAUUUAAAAAGAAUCAUUUUACUGUGAAAAGCAGUUCAUAUCUAACACUGAGUGAAUGAUCUUCUGAUUCAUAAAAACAGUAUUAAACAAAGGUCUUCAUGUCAAA